AUGCCAGAGUCAACCCAAUCGUCGCUACCUCCACCUGCCUACACUAAUCAUGGUGAUGUAUCUGUAGCAAGUAAUGAGACACCGCCAACGGCGCCGGUAAAUCAGCCAACCACCUCAAUUUCUCAUGAAAUAAUAGUAGAUGCAGCUGCGACGAUUCAGGAAGUUGAUGCAAGUUUAACGAUAGCAGCACCUGACAAUCCAGGAUUUAUCGCAGGCUCCAAUACAGCAGAGAGUGACAAAAAUCAUCCCAAUGGAUUGCUUUCAAAACUUGAAAAUGUUAUUCAGCAGCUAGAGUCGUCCCAGGAAGAACGACUUAUCACACGACUUGAAAAUGUUCUAUCACGCCAGGCAGAGGCAAAUUCUAGUUUGUUAAGUGAGAAGAAAGACACUAGAAACCCAAUCAAGCUUAAAGAUGCAGUCGGGAGACGCUUCAGCUUCCCUUAUCACCGAUGUGAGACCUGGGCAGGGAUCUCAGAACUCAUUAAAGCAGCAUUUCUCCAUGUCGAAAUCAUCGGCCCACAUGUUAGCGAAGGACAUUACGAUAUUAUGAAUCCGGCUGGAGAAGUCAUCCUCCCUCAACUCUGGCAAGAUCAUGUCCAGCCUGGAUGGGAGAUCUCCAUGUCAAUGUGGCCAAUUCCUGGCCCCCCCAAGCCAAGAUUUCCGGCACUAACACCGAAUGCACCGGUACAUGUUAUUGUGGAUAGGGUACUUGCACCCGCUCCAAAUUGCUUUCGAUCGCAUCAUCCACCUAGCUAUUCCAGUGAUUUAUGUGCCCAGGGCAAAGGAGCUCGUGGGUUAUGGCAAAAAAUGAAAGGUAUAUUCACAAGGAAAAAGAUGACUUACGACUCGGAUAGCAGCGAGUCUAGUUGUUGUGAUUAA